UCUCAAGGGUUUUGAAUUCUCUUUCUAGGGCUGCGAAUGGAGAAGAAGUAGUGCUCCAUGCCUGCUUCGCUGCAUCAGAGACCUCAAAGGCCAGAGCUUUGAAUAACAACAAGAAGAAGAAGAAGAAGAAGAAGAAGGUGAUGAACUCCUCGGAGUCGCCUUUCGGGCGGCCAUCUCCCCGGAGGGAGCUGCAAGGUCCACGGCCAACACCUCUGAAAGUCAACAAAGACUCCUACAAGAUAAAGAAGCCACCGCCGGGGCCGCCACCUUAUCAAGCUGAUACCAUGGCCGUUCCUCCACCGCAACCACGUCCUCCGGUCAUCAUCUACACAGUCUCACCAAAAAUCAUCCACACCAAUCCAAACGACUUCAUGUCUCUAGUUCAAAGUCUCACUGGAUUGACUUCAACCAACACUACAACCACCAUGUCCUCCACCGCCACCACCUCCGCUGCUCUACCUUCACCAACAGUACUAUCUCCUGCAGCACGUCUAGCUCUUGAACAACCACCAGUGAACUCCUCCUCAGACUUGCGAAAAACCGAGUUCACUAUCAUCGAAGGGAUGGAGAUGGUAAUUGAAGAGAACCAGAUGAUGAACAACAGAGCAAGUAUUAGCACGUUCCCGGGAAUUCUAUCACCGAUGCCAUCAUCACUACCACCUAUAUCUCCAGGUUUCUUCUCACCUUCAGUGGAUCCAAAUUCAUUGAGCUUCUUGCAUGAACUCAGCCCAGCCUUUCAUGGGAAUAGAAGCUACGUGGAGAACACUUUCUUAGCAAGUCCUAACAAUUUCUUGACAACUCCCACCAUUCCUUCUCCUGGUGCUUACUGGGAUCUAUUCAACCAGCUUCAGGAUCCAUGAUCUAUGAACAUGGUGGUCCUGCAAGUUUUUGUUGUUUUUUGAAGAAGAGGAAGAAAAAGGAGGUAAAGGUUGGUGAUACAUGAUACAUGAUACACACUUUUUUUGUGUUUUUUUAUUUGGUUGUUUGUUUAAUUAGUCUGUCAAUACUAUUGGUGGUCAUCAAUGGAUGGCUGGACAGCAUUAAGUUGCAGAGAGAAAGGAUGAUGGUGAGAUGAUAGAGCACCACUUUGGAACAUAUUUGUUUAUUCAUUGGGAAGUUGGACUUUUAGGGGUAAUUUUUGUUUUUAGUUUAGGGAGAGGGUGAAAGUUACAUUUGGGAAAGACAAUGGGAUUUGUAUGUAAGUAAUUAAUUGGAUGGCAAAUGGCAAUUGCCAAAUGGUGGUUUGAUAAAGAAUAGGAUAGAGCUGAUUCAAUUGUUUAUUUAUUUAUUUAUUUAUUUAUUUAUUUAUUAUAAUUUUUGUGUGGAUGUGAAAUGUGGUGGGGGAGUGGUUGUGCUUUGCCUGGCUUUGGAUUCAAUGCCCAUUUGUAUUAUUUUUAUUUACUUGCUUUUUUUUAAAAUUUCUCUAAUGAAGAGGGUUAAAGGA